ACGGGUGACUUCGAUAUGAGAUCUACACUUGGACUGGUAUUGCUCCUCAUUGUUUCUCAAGGUGUGAGUAAGAGUUGUGAUGGCAGAAAAGAAGGGGCUCAAUGUUAUGGACAACUGGAUGGAGAAAUAGAAAUUAAAUUGAUGGACAUAGUCCCAAACAAUUUUAACUGGGAUAGAGAAAAAAAAAUCUAUUAUAAAUGGAGGAGUGGUCAUGGGUGGGAUUUUUGUAUAUGUCAUUCAAGAGUUAGCUUUACCCCAAGCAAUGGGAUAAUGAAGAUGGUAAACCUGAACAGCACAGAUAGUAACAACUAUACUCUUACAAUCUUUGACGACGCUGGAUUUCCAAUUGGACAACGGACAAUGGAGCUCAUCAUUCAAGCUCCUGUUGCCACCAUCCAUCUGGUCUCCAAGAUUCUGUCCAACGGAGAGCAGCUGGUGUAUUGUUCCUCCAAAAGAGGGGAUAACCUUCAAUACAGGUGGAGUCUGAACCAAAAACCAUUGCAGGACACGGAUUUAGUUCAUGGACAUGUUCAGGCAAGCAACAUCACUCUGAAACGACACAUCUCAGGACAGCUAGUCUGCUCUGUUCGAAAUAACGUCAGUGAAAACCAGGAAGGAGUUUAUUUGUAUUGUGAUUUGGGGCUGAUCUUUCGUACCGGUGUUUUAUCGGGGAUCAUUCUCAUAGUGAUCGGAGUUGUGAUUUACACUCUGAAGAGAAGCAGGAAGACACAUGAAGUUACGAAAAACCUGGAAUUAAUUUAUGUAAAUGCAUGAAGAGAAGUAGAUGCAACAGAGAGAAGAGAAUAUUGCAGUGUUAAAAGUUCAAAGCCUUGAUUUUGAACUGAGCCAUCAACACAAUAACCGUUACGUCCUGUAACCGACAAUGUUUAUUUUAUCAACAAACUGAAGAUUUGGUCCAAUUUUCUUUUAAAUUAUAGUUGCUAGACAUCCUAAAUCUUCUCAUUAGGGGUCAGCAGGGGAUGCUUUUACGGCACGUGAAAGAGUAAAUUUGUUAAUAAUAUAUUACAUUUUAUAGUUUUAUUUGCAGAAGAUGUAUUUGCUUUGAUUUGACUUUGUUUUACUCAUCUGUUGACAUUGUAAAUAAGAAUAUUUUAAUUGCCUUCUAUGGAUAACUAAUGGUUAGAGGAAAAAUACAUACAUUUUAUCAGCGAACAUAUGUGAUAGUAAAUGUUGAGUUCUACCCUAAACUGCACAACAACAAAAAAGUAAAGUACAAAAGAAAAAUGGCGUUUGCAGUUCUGUAAUUUGAGUACAUUGUUUUGCCAGAGAACGAUAUCAGCGAGGGAAAGUGCAUUAUAUUUAGGGUUUACUGUAUACAAUCAUUUAUUAUUCAUAUGUAUCAUUUACGAUCUGCGA